AAUAAUAAUAAACUAUUAUUAUUACUAUCAAUGCUUAAAAUUAAUAAAUAGUCAUUUAUAAUGGUCAAUUGUAAUAUAUAUUUAUUUAAUUGAGCGUCUCGUGCUGGAACCUGAACCUAACCCUUACCAAACUCCUCUUAUUGUUUCAUUAUACCAUGGGAACUUUUAUCUUUAACUAAUUGGAAUUAGUUUUUUCUCGCAACUGUUAUUUAUGACUAACAAUUUAGACUUUUUAAAACUGGCUCAGUCUUUCUUUUGUUUUUCAUAACGCAUGACUGGCGAGAGGGGGCGUGGUUUCUCUGCGUGACGUCAUCAACCCUUGACAGCAGCGGCGCAGGAAGUCACGUGCUCCUCCGAGAGAACCCUCUAGAUCAGACAUGGCGGCGUACAUGAGAAUGUGGAGAUCAUGCAGACAAGCUUCCAAGAGCAUGAGCGCUGCCUCUGCAGCCGGUCCCACCACGAUCAGAGCCGGACUACACGCGUUGUACCCGCGGGAUCCGCUCAGCAGGAGCGCCUCCAUCCACAUCCAACGCUCUUAUUCUCACAUCUCCAGCAGAACAGUGUUAUGCAAUGCCAGGACCACAGCAUCCAUGGUGACUGACAGGUGGAACCGGGUCACGGGUGGUGCUGUCGGGUCCGGGACCUUCAUGAGCGACUGUCAGAGGAGGUUUCUGUUCGGGAAUAAGGGCAGUGGGUUUUCUGGAGAGGAUGGGGCUGAGAACAGCAGUGGGUCUGCGGGGGAUGAGUCUGGAGGUGAUGAAGGUCCUUACACUCCUCCUCAGAUGACAGCUCUCACCCCUAUGCUCGUGCCUGAGGUGUUCCCGAAUGUACCUAUAAUAGCUGUCAACAGAAACCCAGUGUUUCCAAGAUUCAUCAAAAUCAUUGAGGUUAAAAAUAAGCAGCUCAUGGACCUGUUAAGAAGAAAAGUGCGCCUUGCUCAGCCAUAUGCUGGUGUCUUUUUGAAGAAAGAUGACAAUAAUGAGUCAGAUGUGGUGGAGAGUCUGGAUGCCGUAUAUCACACCGGAACGUUUGUGCAGAUCCAUGAAAUGCAAGACCUUGGAGACAAACUUCGUAUGAUCGUGAUGGGACAUAGAAGAAUUCGUAUCAAUAAACAGUUGGAUGUCGAGCCGGACGAGUCCGUAUCCCUGGACACUGAAGGUGAAGGUGCGCAGUCGAAAGCUCCACGGCGAAAACAGAAGCGUUCUCGUAAGGAUUCGGCACCGCUAGCUGAGAUGAUAGAGGAGAAGGUGCGGGAGGCGGAGUUUGUGGUGGAGGCGGUGCCUCUGCCCUCCAUCCUCAUGGUGGAGGUGGACAACGUCAUCCAUGAAGAAUUCCAGGUUACAGAGGAGGUCAAGGCCCUGACUGCUGAGAUCGUCAAAACUAUUCGUGAGAUUAUUGCUUUGAAUCCUCUGUACAGAGAGUCUGUGCUUCAGAUGAUGCAGGCGGGUCAGAGAGUUGUUGAUAACCCAAUAUACCUAAGUGACAUGGGGGCCGCUCUGACUGGGGCAGAAUCGCACGAGUUACAGGACGUCCUGGAAGAAACGAACAUUCCCAAACGACUCUACAAAGCUCUUUCUCUGCUGAAGAAAGAAUAUGAACUGAGUAAACUACAGCAGCGUCUUGGAAGGGAGGUUGAGGAGAAGAUCAAGCAGACACACAGGAAGUAUCUACUCCAGGAGCAGCUGAAGAUCAUUAAGAAAGAGCUUGGGCUAGAGAAAGAAGACAAAGACGCUAUUGAGGAGAAGUUCAGAGAGAGACUGAAGGAUCGCACCGUUCCUCAGCACAUUAUGGAAGUUAUUAACGAGGAGCUCAACAAACUGGGGCUGUUAGAUAAUCAUUCCUCUGAGUUCAAUGUUACUCGGAACUACUUGGAUUGGCUGACCUCCAUGCCAUGGGGCACCAACAGUGUGGAAAAUCUAGAGCUGAGCCAAGCCAAAGAGGUCUUGGAAGAAGACCACUAUGGAAUGGACGAUGUCAAGAAACGCAUUUUGGAGUUUAUAGCAGUAAGCCAGCUGAGAGGCAGCACACAAGGAAAGAUCUUGUGUUUCUAUGGCCCUCCUGGUGUUGGCAAGACCAGUAUCGCCCGUUCAAUUGCCAGAGCACUUAACCGUGAAUACUUCCGCUUUAGUGUGGGUGGUAUGACAGAUGUGGCCGAAAUUAAAGGCCACAGGAGAACAUAUGUUGGUGCAAUGCCAGGAAAGAUAAUCCAGUGUUUAAAGAAAACAAAGACUGAAAACCCAUUGGUACUUAUUGAUGAGGUUGACAAAAUCGGUCGAGGUUACCAGGGCGACCCGUCCUCGGCUCUCCUAGAGCUUUUAGAUCCAGAACAGAAUGCCAACUUUUUAGAUCACUACCUGGAUGUGCCUGUUGACCUAUCCAAGGUUCUUUUCAUUUGUACCGCCAAUGUUCUCGACACCAUUCCUGAACCCUUGAGAGACCGAAUGGAAAUGAUCAACAUAUCGGGCUACGUCGCUCAGGAGAAACUGGCCAUUGCAGAGAGAUACUUGGUACCCCAACUGCGAGCCUUAUGCGGCUUGGAUGACCAGAAGGUUAACAUCACCUCUGAGGCUGUGAAUGUACUCAUUAGACAGUACUGCAGGGAGAGCGGAGUCAGAAACCUUCAGAAGCAAGUCGAGAAGGUGUUCCGGAAAGUAGCAUUCCGCAUUGUCAAUGGUGAGGAAACAGCGGUCAAUGUCACCUCUGACAACCUUCAGGAUUAUGUUGGAAAGCCUGUCUUCACUGUGGACCGAAUGUAUGAUGUCACACCACCAGGAGUCGUCAUGGGCCUGGCAUGGACAUCCAUGGGUGGCUCGACGCUGUUCAUCGAGACGUCGCUAAGGCGCCCAAGAGAACCUCAGGGUAAAGAUGGUCUCAAAGAUGGAUCACUGGAGGUCACGGGGCAGCUGGGAGAUGUGAUGAAGGAAAGUGCUAAGAUCGCAUAUACGUUUGCCCGCUCUUUACUCAUGAAGGAGCAACCAAACAACGAUUUCCUCGUAGGGUCCCAUAUACACCUCCACGUGCCCGAGGGUGCAACUCCAAAAGACGGACCAAGUGCUGGCUGCACGAUUGUCACGGCUCUACUCUCCUUGGCCACAAACACACCAGUGCGUCAGAACGUGGCCAUGACGGGAGAAGUGUCCCUGACCGGGAAAAUCCUGCCUGUUGGUGGAAUCAAGGAAAAGACCAUUGCUGCCAAGAGAGCUGGUGUAACCUGCAUCAUCCUGCCGGCAGAAAACAAAAAAGACUUCUCAGACCUUGCCGAGUACAUCACGGAAGGGUUGGAAGUGCAUUUUGUGGAACAUUACAGCGAGAUAUACAAAAUAGUUUUCUCUGGACAGUAAUGAACAAUGUUGUGGCACUGCUUUAUCUUGCGCCGUAACAAGAAGUCCACCGUUUCAGGAAAUCACAAGCACACAGAAUCAGAUGCCAAAUGAGGUUCGUUCUUCUGUUGUGGUGUUUUGUCGAACAUAAGUAGCAAGUAAAAUGCUGCGCAGGAGUUUACGACAUGUUGCCUCUUGUUUUGUGGUACCUGGAUGAGAAAGUUGGAAGUAUAUAGAUGGCAAAGUCUGGCAGAUGAACCUUUGAAACAUCGAGCCCUCAAGACUCUGGGAUAAUGCUAUUGCUGCUACACAGCCUAGAAUUCAAAAUGUUAUUUUAUAUUCAGCUCCUCGUGAUCAAGGAAAAUCACAUCCUGAGUGUCAUCUUUGUAAAUAACUGCCUUAUAUGUAUUCUCUGAAGUAAUUUACAAUAAAUAUAAUAUAAAACUG